AUGUAUUUCCCCAUCAAGCAGUGGAGUCUGUUCUCUGACAUCCCAUCCAUUGUGAGCUAUCAUAGUUUUGAUUUCCAGCUAGGGAAAAAAUACUUAAUUGUUUUUUUUCUCUCUCUCAUCAAUCCAUGCAACAUACUUUUGAAUAACAACAUGUUUACUGUUGCCUUUUAUAGCAUCUAGCGUCUGCUACAGUCACACACACAGUCUUUAGACUAACAAACAUGUCCCUUUUUACAACCCCCUUGUCUGCGCUAGCUUGUUAAGGUGCAGCUAGGGCUGUGGCGGUCAUGACAUUUUGUCAGCCGGUGAUUGUCAAGCAAAUAACUGCUGGUCUCACGGCAAUUGACAGUUAAUUAACAUAAACACAUUUAGCAUCUCCUGUCUUCCAUGCAUAGCCUACAAGCCACUGAUGCAGACCUUUGGAACAUCUACAUUUAAAAAAGUCUAAUAAAAACAUGUAAUAUAGCCUACACCAUUACAAUAAAUCCAUUAUUUAUUUUAGACAGAUCUAAAGAAACAUGAUAUGAAGAAAAUGUAGUCUAUUUGAGAAGAACAGAAUAGCAUACUCUGCGUUGUCCUUAUGUUUAGGCCCUGAUCUGGCUAUGCCAUAUGGCUGUGGGCUACACUAGUUCAUUUAGCAGACAAGAUUUGCUUAGAAUUCCGUAGCAUUAUUUUAUAUUAUUUUUUAGUAUGAAGAAUACAAUUGAACAUAGCUGAAUUAAAUAGAAAGGAUAUUUUCUCCAAACGAUUUGAGGGAGUGCGCACAUGCGGCUAUUCUGUGUUGAGCGGUUAACAAAGAAACAGGUACUCCUAUAUGCUUAAUUUUAAUAUAUUCUAAGGCUGCAUGAUGCGACUAAUGAUGAUUUGAAAAAAGUUGCAUGAAAGGCAUGAGCUCUGCUUAGUUUUUUUUGCGCAGGCUGUACACACUUCAUCAGUCUCUCAUUCACAAUUUGACAAGCACUUGAUAAUGCGUCAAAUUUCCCGGCUGCAUCCCCUUUGUGUGGCCAUAAUCCCCUUUAAAAAAUCCAUGCCUUUUGCGGCCAGCAGCCGUUAUGCCUUUGGGCUGAAUAUAAUAAUUAUAAUUCCCUUCUCCCCGCUGCGUGCCGAAGGCCCUCUCACUCACAUGGCUCUCAGUCACGUGAUCGGGUCUUUCUCACAACCUACAAGUGAAGACAGACACAUCUUAUCCAAUUCCGAGGCGCAUAUUGAAGAUAUUGGAAGAACUGUCCACAUUUAUUUUUCGUCAGCCAACAAGAUGAGUAGGCCUAACGAACAGCAAAAGCACUAGCAUAUGUCAAUCUACUAUCCCCCAUAGUACAAAAGUUGACCUAUUCUGUGAAAUAAAUAAAUGUUCCAAACAUAGUCCGGGACAGUUGUGGGAUGCGAUAGAUCCCAAAUUAAUACAACCACUAGCAUAAUAAAAAACUGUUUUAAGCAAUGAGCCUUACGCAACAGAUGAGAGAACAUUUAGGCCUAUGGGCUAGGCUACAUGAAGUGUGUGACUAUGAUUAGAAAAAGUAGCAAAAUAAAAGCAUGCACUGUUUGCCUUAAGCUGGGCAUCAUUCACAAGUGAAAAUAUAUCAUUCACAAGUGAUAGGCUAAUAUUGUCACCCAUCACACUAUUCUUGAUUUAAUCUUGUCUUUACAUAUAUUAAAUAAUAUAUGUGUGAAAUUUGUUUUGAUUUAGAAUUGACCAUUAACAUGCACCUGUCUUGAAACAGGAGCAGUGGGAAAAUAAUACAUGUCAUCUAUGCACUUAAAUAGUGAAUGGAGGACGCUUUUCUCGUGGUUCAUUUUCAUGCCAGCCAGGUAGGCUAUACAUCUGUUUUAAAGAGAAGCAAUGUGCUUAAUAUUAGGAAGGUUGAGAAAUAUAUAUAGAUAUAGUAGGCCUAGCCUAUAGAAAGCUGAUGGGAUCAUGCUCUUUUUAAUAUAGGCCAUCACUCUGUUUUCUCACGCAUAGCCUAUAGAAAUGUUGCACAACAUGAGCUCAUGGGCUCUCAUGAAGUGUUUGAUUAUAUUUUUGAUUAUAUUUGCAUUGAUGUCAGAGUGAUUAGAGGGACAAUAGAGUGCGGAGUACCAGGCAGUUAGCAAGUUUGGUAGGCUACUAAUGACCAUCAGCAGCAUCAGAGCUUGGAGAAGCCUAAUUACUGUGACUAAACGGUCACAUGGAAUUUGACUGCCAUCAUGACUCGUGACCGCCGGUGUGGCGGUAAUACGGUCACCGUAACAGCCCUAAGUGCAGCUGAUACUAUAUUGGUCAGUGUGAGAACACUGGGCUGCGUUUAGAACACACUACACGUCACAUAGCAUGUGAUAAGAACUCGUACACGGUGCAGUAAUACAGGCGCGAUAACGACUCGUAUGUCCUUGGCUGCGUCUCACUACAUUCCCUAUAUAGUGCACUACUUUUGACCAGAGCCCUAUCGGCGUCUUCUCAGACAUCUUCAACCUGUCCCUGUCCCAGGCUGUAGACCCACCUGCUUUAAGGAGACCAUCGUCCCAGUGCCCAAGAAAAACAAGGUGACAUGCCAAAAGACUAUUGCCCCAUUGCGCUCACCUCAGUCAUCAUAAUGUGCUUUGAGAGCCUGGUCAUGGCCCACAUCAAGGCCAGCACACUGGACCCACUCCAAUUUGCCUACCGCUCCAACAGAUCCAGGGAAGAUACCAUUUCCAUCACUAUUCACACGGCCGUAACACAUCUGUACAAGAGGAACACCUAUGUGAGAAUGCUGUUCAUUGACUUCAGUUUAGCAUUCAACACUAGUGUUCUCUCCAAGCUCGACACCAAGCUCAGAGCCCUGGGUCUGGACACCACUCUCUGCAACUGGAUCCUGGACUUCCUGAAGGGCAAACCACAGGCUGUGAGGAUUGGCAACAACACCUCCUCCAUUCUGACUCUUAACACAGGGGGCCCCCUGGGGUGUUUCCUCAGUCCUCUGCUGUACUCCCUGUUCACCCACGACUGCGUGGCUUUGCACAACACUAACUCUAUCAUCAAUUUUGGUGACGGCACCACGGUUGUAGGCCUGAUAACCAACAACGAUGAGUCAGCCUAUUGGGAGGUAGUAAGUGAACUGCCAUUGUGGUGUCAUGACAACAACUCCCUCAAUGUCAGCAAAACAAAGGAUUUGAUUGUUGACCUCAGGAAGCAGAGGAGGGAACAUGCCCCAAUCCACAUAAACCGGACUGCAGUAGAGAGAGUCACGGGUUUUAAGUUCCUCGGCAUUCACAUCAACAAGGACUUGUCAUGGACCAACAAUACCACCACUCUUGUCAAGAGGGCGCAACAGCGUCUCUACUUUCUAAGGCAGCUGAAGAAAUGCGGCAUGCCGCCCCGUAUCCUCUCAAAAUACUACCGCUGCACCAUCGAGAGUGUCCUGACCGGUUGCAUCACGGCCUGGUACGGGAAUUGCUCCUUCCACAACCGCAAGGCCCUCCAGUGGGUGGUGAAGACGUCCCAGUAUAUCACUGGGACCAUGCUCUCACCCUUCCAGGACAUCUACUCGACACGGUGCCUGAGGAAGGCACGCAGCAUCAUCAAGGACACCACACACCCCAGCCAUAAGCUGUUCUCUCCAUUACUGUCGGGCAUGAGGUCUGAUACCAACAGGCUCAGAGACUGUUUCUAUCCACAAGCCAUCAGACUGCUGAACACUUGAACAGGACUGACCACCUGCUCUGAUUCUCCGCACCUUAGCACACAUGGACUCAAUCAUGCACACACCCACACACACACACAUAUAUAUAUAUAUAUAUAUAUAUAUAUAUAUAUAUACACACACAUUCAAGCUACACACACAUCCCAACUGCUGCUACCAGACUCUUAUUAUACUGCUCAAUUUAUACACUUGCCCCCCAUCCUCCCCUUCCCCAAUACACAGGUAAAUAUUGGACUAUAAAUUGUGCCUUCCUGUAUUAAACUUAAGCUAAUAUGUUUAUUCUAUUCUACUGCCAUUUUACAUUUACUUGUUCUUAAGUAAUUUAUUAUUAUUGUUUGCAUUGUCGAAAAGGAACCUGCAAGUGAGCAUUUCGUUGGACGAUGUAUACCAUGCGUAUCCCGUACGUACAACUAAUGUGCACUAUGUAAGGAAAAGGGUGCCAUUUGAGACAAAGCCACACAUUUUGGAGGCCGUUGGCAGAGGCUCAGCGAUUGGCCAAAUCCUCUUCCUCUCUCUCUGCAUUUGCUGUGUCCCUGUAUCCUGUGUCACCCUGUGUCCGGCUUGCUCUCUCCAAAAAGAGGGAAAGUGAUAGCCCUGGAGGAGGGAGGGGGAGGAUGGAGAAUGAGAGGGAGGAGGGAGAGAGGGGGUGGAAGUGAACUUCCGGAAGGAGGGUUGAAAGAAAUGUUAUGGGAGUCUUCCAGGGAUCUGGGGAGGAAGUAAUUUAAUUGUGUGUGUGUGUGUGUGUGGAAGACAAGCAAUGGGAGGUUGUUCUUAUGUCAAGGCUCUCUUCUUUCCUUCCUGUCUUUCUCUUUAGGAAAACAUUACGUCAGUGUGCACACUAUACAGACAAUAUGCAUAUGACUGUAUUCAUCAUGCCAUGGCAGAGGGAUGAAAAAACCUAUAGUGAAUCUUAAAGUGAAAAAAGACAUGUACUACAUGGUGUACAGUAUAUUGUCAAUGAAUAAAAUUGUUGAUGCACCUGCAGUGUGUAAAAAAAAAUAUAUUUUUUGCUGCACAUGCAACACAAAUGGCACACCUGAUUACCAACUUACUCAAAUGCGUCAUCAAAGGCGUCAAGACGUGCGGAAACACUGGUUGACACAAAGCCCUGCUUCAACUCAGGAUCCUGUUCUUUAAAUUAAAUGUAAACAUGUAUUAACGUAUCUAUUUGUGCGUGUGUGUUGUCAGUAUGCCUGGGCACAGACAUGAAGCUGGCCCUGCCCUCCAGUCUGGAGAACCACUAUGAGACCCUGCGGCUGCUCUACACUGACUGCCAGGUGGUGCACGGCAACCUAGAGAUCACACACCUUCGGGGCAAGCCGGACCUCUCCUUCCUACAGGUAUGUGUGUGUGUUCUUUGCAGGACUUUUUCCCCACCUGUUAUCAAUGCUAACAUCCCUCCCUUUCCCUAUUUUUUUUUCCCUCUCUCCCCUUCUUUCCUCCCUCACCCUCUCCUUCUCUCUCCAGGGUAUCGUGGAGGUGCAGGGCUACGUCUUGAUUGCCCGUGUGUCUGUGAGCGUGGUGCCACUGGACAAUCUGCGCAUCAUCCGGGGCAGCCAGCUGUACAACUCCAGCUAUGCUCUGGCUGUCCUGGACAACACCCUCCCUCAAGGGGGGGCGGGCCUAAGGGUGCUCCGCCUCCGCAGUCUCACAGGUGAAGGAGGGGCCAGAGAGUGAGAGGGAAGUCUUUUUGGGAUACAGGAGGGAUGUAAUCGUAACGCAAUGAAGGGAUUGAUUGGAUACUCAUAGGCCCUUUUUUUAUUCUUUAAAAGUGCAUCCUUCCUUCCUUUGUCAUAACCACUAAUUAGACAUGAUUGAAUAGGUGAAUGCAAGGGCUUUACCACAUGGCUUUUUCCUGUCCAGUCAUUUCUCAUCAGUGAUUACUUCAAUGAACGUAAUCUCUUGUUAGGUUUUUUUUGUCAGUUCCUCUGUGAACAUUUUGAACUGAGCCUUCCCUCCCUGUCCUGUUAACCCAAUAGAGAUCCUGCUGGGUGGGGUGCAUAUUUGGGGAAACCCCCAGCUCUGUUUCCCAGACCCCCAGCACAUGGAGUGGAGGGACACACUAGAUGAAAAGAACACACAUGCCAAGCAGCUCCGCCUUCAGGCCCGGUCCCCCAACUGUGAGUGUUCCUGUUAUGGGAGUGGACACGCGCACACACACACACACACACACACACACACACACACACAGUGCCUUCGGAAAGUAUUCAGACCCCUUGACGUUUUGCAGAUUCAAUUGUUUUUUUACUCAGUACUUUCUUGAAGCACCUUUGGCAGCAAUUACAGCCUCAAGUCUGCUUGGGUAUGACGCUACAAGCUUGGCAUGGCUGUAUUUGGGGAAUUUCUCCCAUUCUUCUCUGCAGAUCCUCUCAAGCUCUGUCAGGUUGCUGCACAGCUAUUUUCAAGUCUCUCCAGACAUGUUCGAUCGGGUUCAAAUCCGGGCUCUGGCUGGGCCACUCAAGGACAUUCAGAGACUUGUCCCGAAGCCACUCCUGGGUUGUCUUGGCUGUGUGCUUAGUGUCGUUGUCCUGUUGGAAGGUGAACCUUCGCCCCAGUCUGAGGUCCUGAGCACUCUGGAGCAGGUUUUCAUCAAGGAACUCUCUGUACUUUGUUCCAUUCAUUUUUGCCACGAUCCUGACUAGUCUCCCAGUCCCUGCCGCUGAAAAACACCCCCACAGCAUGAUGCUGCCACCACCAUGCUUCUCUGUAGGGAUGGUUCCAGGUUUCCACCAGACGUGACACUUGGCAUUCAGGCCGAAGAGUUGAAUCUUGGUUUCAUUAGACCAGAGAAUCUUGUUUCUCAUAGUAAAGGGUCUGAAUACUUAUGUAAAUAAUUUGCUAAAAUGUCUAAAAACCUGUUUUCGCUUCGUCAUUAUGGUGUAGAUUGCUGAGGAUUUUAUUUAUUUACACCAUUUUAGAACAAGGCUGUAACGUAACAAAAUGUGGAAAAAGUCAAAGGGUCUGAAUACUUUCCGAAGGCACUGUACAUCCCAAUGGUCAGUCAACUAUCCCUAUGAUUGAAGUGUGGUCAGUCUGUCUCCAGAGGUCAAUGUUCGGUCAGCAUAGGUGACCGUCUGUCAAGGCGUUGUUGACCGUCUUAUGUCUUUUGUCCCAGGUCCAAAGUGCUCCCCUGCCUGUGGAAAGAGAGGCUGCUGGGGAGAGACGGAGCAAGACUGCCAGACCCGUGAGUCUGUCUGUCUGUCCAUCCCUUCUUCUCUCAAUCUGUUUAUUUAUGUCUUUAUGUAUCCAUUCUGUCUAUGCCAUUUCUCGCCCAUCUCUUCUUUUCUGUGUAUCUCUUUUUCAUCACAUUUCUGGAUUAUAGAGAUUAAAUGGCAGCACAAUUUCUCAUCACAAUUCCCCCCCCCCCCCCUCUCUCUUUCUCUCUCCCUCUAUAGUGACCCAUGUGCACUGUGCGUCGGGGUGUCUGCGCUGUAAGGGACCCAAGCCCAAUGACUGCUGCCACAUGCAGUGUGCUGCCGGCUGCACUGGGCCCAAAGACUCAGACUGCCUGGUGAGAAUACUACCAUACCACACACAUACACACACACACACAGCAACUCCCUGUCUUAGUUCAAACAAUGUGUCUUGACUCUUGCCUCGAAUGUGUCAAUUUUCCUCUGUAUUGGUUCCUACAGUUGCGCCAGGAGAAAAUAGGGUGGUGUGUUACACACGCAUUGCAGCAAUUGUUUUGCCAAUACUGCAGCACAACCAAACUUUUUCAUUUCCUACGGACAAACUUCUAAAGAACUGCCUCUGUUUUACAGUCGUGCCGUCACUUCAACGACAGCGGGACAUGUAAAGACAACUGUCCGCCCCCCACCAUCUACGACCCAGUCACCUUCGUGUCCAAACCCAACCCCAACAGGAAGUUCAGCUUCGGGGCCACCUGCGUCAAGACAUGCCCCUGUAAGCUUGGCUUACUUUCCUGUAUAUAUAAAUGUCCCAUUUACUCUGUCUGUCUCUCUGUUUCUCUCGCUCUCUUUUUCUCUCCGGUUUUCUCUCUCUCUCUCUGUCUGUCUGUCUCUCUAAGGAAUUAUAUUGUCUCUCCAUCUCUAUCCCUCUCACCUAUUUCUUCUUAACACACUCUCUCUCAAUUAAAUUUAGGUCAAUUAAAUUCAAAAGGCUUUAUUGGCAUGAAGAGUGUAGCGACACAAACUGUACAUUGCCAAAGAAAACAUAUAGAAACAUAGAAAUAUGUCAAUGAUAUCUUAAAAUCAACAUCUCUCUCUCUGUAGAUAACUACCUAG